AUGUUCUUUGCACCUCUCACACUGCUUGGUGUGUUUCCGGGAAGUUUCCACUUAGGUGGGCCUAAGUGGAAAGAGGUUCGUAAGCCUCAUGGGUAUGCCAUUGCCUUGAGGCAUGAUUAUGACAAUAGUUGUUGGAUACUUCUGCGUUCUCACGUGCAGGUAGAGGUUUUACGCGCGGGGAAACCGAGGCAUAGAACAGUUUUGUUCGCUGAAGGCCACACAGCUGUCAAAUGGGGGAGCUAUGAAGUCAAGCAUUGGGCCAUCAAGGCCCAUACUCUUAACCACCAUGCUGUAUUGCAGAAAUUUGAAAAUGGAUUUAAGAGAGGUGCAGAUCCUGGAAUGCCUGAACCAACUGUUUUGAGCUUACUUUGGGGAUAAAGGACUGUUUGGUCAUCUGGUUUUGGAAGCAGUCAAUGCAGAGGAACAACAUGGAAGGUGUGCUCUCUGGCUGGGAUAAAAGAUGGGACAUCGUUCAGACGGUCACCAAUUGGAUGGCACAGGGCUCUUACUUCUCAGAUGCGUCUGUGGCAGAAUGGAACCUCUACUGACUUAUUUAUGAUAGACUGUAUUAAAAUAAAUGUUUUUAACAAUGUUA